AUGAAGGAGUAUUUGAUCAAGCUUCCUACCCUAACCGCGCCAUUCGAGAAAGAACCACUUAUUUUGUACUUGUCUUCGUCGGACAAGGCAGUUGGGUUGGUAUUGUUGGUGGAAAGAGAUGGAGUUCAGACUCCAAUUUACUAUGUUAGUAGGGUGCUUACAGAUCCAGAAACUCGAUACUCAACCAUGGAAAAAGAUGUCAGGACGCUUGGCAAAGUGGGCAAUCGAACUGGGGGCCACAACAUUCUGUACAGGCCGCGCCCAGCCAUUAAAGGCCAAGUAUUAGCGGACUUCAUCACUGAAGUCCCAGAAGAUAAGGUUAAAGAGUGUGAAGUUUUUGAUACUCCCAUCAAAGACACAUCAGAUGGGUUAUUGUUGCUAUACACUGAUGGAGCUUCGAACGAAGACGGCGCAGGAGCUGGCUUGUGCCUUGUUAACCCUGAGAAGCAUGAGUUCACCUAUGCCAUCAAGUUGGAUUUCAAAAACACCAACAACGAGGCAAAAUAUGAAACGUUUUUGGCAGGCUUGCGCCUGGCCAUCAAGAUGGGAGCUCAAAACUUACAAGCGCAUGUCGACUCUCUCCUGAUUGCGAGUCAAAUUAACGGGUUAUAUGAUGCAAAGGGUGAAGUUAUGGCCUUGUAUUUAGAACAAGCGAAAGAGCUGCUUCAACAGUUCAAGUCAUACAAGGUUGUUCAUAUCAACCGAUCAGAGAACAAACCAGUAGACGCGUUGAGCAAGCUUGCUUCAACGGCCUUCCAACAUCUCGCCAAAGAUGUAAGAAUAGAAGUUUUAAAAAACCCAUCUGUUUUGUUGCGCCAAGUUAAUGUAAUCGAGAUAGGGCCACAAUCGUGGAUGACCCCUAUCAUUCAAUAUCUUCAAGAAGGAACUCUCCCUGAAAAUAAGGCAGAGACUAGGAAGAUACAGAACAAAGCGUUGUUCUAUGAGAUGAAUGGAGGAAUUUUGUCCAGAAGAUCCUUCUUAGGGCCACUACUGCGUUGUGUAGAUCCUCAAGAUGCAAGUUACCUGAUCAGGGAGUUUCAUGAAGGCAUCUGCGGCAUUCAUGCGGGCCCACGCAUGGUCGUAGCAAAGAUAAUGAACGCUGGUUACUACUGGCCGGGGAUGCACGUUGACGCUCUGAAGGAGUUGCGUAAAUACGACUCCUGUCAAAGGCACGCCCCAAAAACUCUGCGCCCGAAAAAUGAUCUCAUCCUUGUGUCCACUGCCUGGCCUUUCCAGCAGUGGGGGAUCGAUAUGGUGGGACCUUUCCCUGAAGCUCCUGGAGUAGUGAAGUUCAUAAUUGUUGUCGUCGAUUAUUUCACCAAAUGGGUGGAGGCCAAAGCCCUCGCUUCAACUACUGCAAUGAUGGUGCGCAAAUUCAUAUGGGAACACAUUUUUUGCAGAUUUGGUCUCAACUCAAGAUUGUAA